AUGGGGGGCGGACCCAUCACAGCCGACGUCGUGCGGUCGUCCUGCUUUGUCACGUUCCCUGAGCACACACGCGCAGAGCCUGUACCAGUGGACGCCUGGUACCUCUUCGCAGCGGGUCUGACGUUCCUCCGUCGCUUAGCACGUGAUCGAGUUGGCGACGAUCUGCACGUGGCGCUUCUGCUGCGAUUGGCCACUGACGAAGCGACCGAGCGACGAUACGCGUCCGUGACCUCGAAUCGAGUGCUCCAACGCGCGUUGCAAGAGACUUUUGAGUGUCCAGAGAAGGCGCUCGUGCUGCACGUGAUUGACGUGGGAAAAGUGCGGGGCCAGAAGCGCAUUCACGUGCGUCCAGAGGCGAAUGCCAAUGUCUCGCCCGAGCCAGUGGAGCCAUUGGCACUUGUGUUUCCAAUGCUGGCAGUGGAGAGAGGAGGGGCGACGUCUGUCGCUGUAGAAGUCCCGACUGCACACGUGGUGCAGGGGAGCUGGGGUGACCAAUUGAGUCGAUCGAGCGGCACAAGUUAUUGGAAAAACGACAGUUUUCGGUGGCAAAAUGAGGCUAAAGAGGAGCGUUUGGACGGGCCACGGAAGAGUGGGGAAUGGGUUAUUGAGGAGAGGGAUUAUACGAAGAGAAGAGAGGGAAGAGAGCAGCGGGUGAAUGAGCAUGGGAGGAGUACGGGAUCAAUUGAGCAGGUGCAGAAAGACGUGACUAAGUGUGCAGAAGACAAGAGCGUGGCAGAGGACAGUGACGUUCCGGUGGCGACCGUUGUGAAAAGUGCAACAACGGCACAGGUGAUUCCGAGUGAUUAUGUGAUGCUGGAGCUCCAGACGGGAGCUGGAUUGCCGGAAACUGGUGAGAUGGCGAGUUCAACGUACUUUAUCUCGUCUCGAUGGGCAGAGCAAGCGGAUGAAAUGAGUGCGUCGAUGGUUCUGGAACGACCUCCACUGAUGCCACGUACUACUCGUGUUGGUGGUGGUAGUAGACCCAGUGCUGACAGGGGACGCAUUCAUGCGAGUCUUGAGGAUUCGUUCGUGGUGCUGGAACGGCAGGAUGAGGUAUAG